AUGUGGAACCUGCGCGCUGGAACAGGAAGGAGGCAGAAGGAAGCGAACAACAACACCGGAAGGCACAACAAGUACCACAACAACCCAACCAACACCAACAACAACAACAACGACACCACCAACACCAACAACACCGACAACGACGCUUCCGAGGUUGUGGCCCCUAGCCGCGCCCUCGGAACCGACCAACUCGAAUCGCGGAACCGAUUUGCGGGGCUCGAGGUCGAAGGAGGACAGGAGGAUGACGUCGAGGAGGAGGAUGCAGGAAAGGAGGGCGAGGAAAAAGGAGCAGGUCGAAGAAGGAACGAGGAUACGGGCGCCAAGGCCGGACGACGAGAUUCGGACUCGGAUGGGAACGCCGGAGCGGGCAUCGACAAGGCGGGAGGCGACGACAAGGACGACGACAAGGACGAACAGGACGACAGCUCGGAGGGAAGCGAACAAAGGGAGGACGAAGGAAACGAUGGGGAUGACGUGAUGAAAGAUGGAGCAGAGGAGGAGGACGAAGGGACGGAGACGGAGGUGGAAGAAGAGGUCGAGCAGGAACAGGGGGUACAGGACGACAGCAUCAUGAUCAUCGACGACGACCAAACGACGAUCACCACGGUUUCCCGCGAGUCGACUCCUCGGAGUCCCUCGUGGCCUCCACUAUCUCCUGAGACGUUGGCAAAGUCGCUGCGCGAGGGUGCGGAGUGGGACCGAGCUAACGCCGAAGCUGCUGCACGUGUCCAAGCAGAAAAGAGGCGAUCAUCAACGCCCCAACUCGACGCGGAGGAACCGCUCGUUCGCCACCAAUUGCAGAGUGGGUCAGGAAGAUGGACAACUGCGAUUCAUCAACAUUCGUGGCACCGGCUCCGGGUCGAACAAGAAGAUGAAGAGGUCGCAAACGGUGGCCGAUCUCAGCGAUCCGAGCGACGACCCGGUCGAUAUCAAGCGCGUUCUGAACAGGGUCAAAGGUCGAGCAGGAAAGGAGGUAGCGGGUCAGGGAAGAGGGUGACGAGGUCGAUGUCGGCGGCGGCGGCGAUGCAGGUCGAGGGGCCAAGGCGAAAGCGGAGAAGGGUAAAGGGGUGGAGGAGGAGAAGCGCUGGUCCGACCACGAGCCCGAGGAUGACAUUCUCCCCGAAUUCCCACUCUUUGAGGACGACACUACCGCCAAGAGCACGUCUACAUCGUCUAUCCAAUAAUGAUCAAGCACACCAUCACCACUGGAACGUGAGGAGGUGCAUGGGGAUCCCGGAAAAGCGACGCAACAUUUACACCUAUUUAUCAACAUUCAAAGCAUCCGCCAUUCUACUACAAGAACACUUCAUCAAACCGGAACUCUGGCAAUGUAUCAAGGACGAGUACGAGGGCAAGGUCUUCAUCAGCAAACACUGUCUGACUCUGAUCCCCGCCGACUCGCCCCUGACGACGCCGAGAUUUUGCGCACCCACUCGGCACUCGACGGACGAAUCCUGGUCACCUCCUUCGACUCGAGGCGACAUCCGGAUACUCGAGAUCAACAACAUUACGCACCAGUCCGAUACAAAACAACGACUCACAUUCUUUGACAAACUACAUUUCCACAGGACGCAGAGCACCCACCUUCGACUCCUCGGCGGCGAUCUCAACGACUGCCCGCUGCCGGCGAUCGAUCGGCGGAACCAAGGUCGGCACGGCCAUCACUGGCCGAUCCUGAUCGGCAAGCUCGACUCGCCCUACACCGACUGCAUACGAUUCAAACACCCGCUCACACCAUCUUUCACUCGACCCAACAUCGUCCGCAAGCGACCAAAGUCCUUUUCACGACUUGACUACUUCCUUCUGCAGCGCACCCACCAAAAGCGACUCGUCCAAGCCUCGACGAUCUACGACCACCCCAAGGACCUUUCGGAUCACCGACCGGUCUCGAUCGUCCUAGUUCUCUCGGAUGAGCGAGGAGACGCGGCUCAACCCAACAACAGUUUACCAACGACAUCAAACCAAUUACAUCGUAUCAACGCGGCGACCUUCAAGACGGCGGAGUUCCAGGGGAUGUUGGAAGGAUGGUUGGAAGGAGCGAGUGGGAGGAACCGGUGGGGGAGCUCGAGGUGGUGCUGGGGAACUGCGCGAAGGAGGGUCGGGAGCUGGCGAGGAGGGAGCAUCGGGAGCGGGUGGAGCGGAUGGCGGUCUUGGUGGGAAGGGUGCAGGAUCUGGAGCGUUGCCGGUGAUGGGGGACGAGGAGACGGCCGAAUGGACGCGGACGACGGAGAACUUAGGCGAGCGGUCAACGAGCGCGGCGCGCCAACUUCGGAUCCGAGCCCACGUACCCGAAAUCGCUACCGAGGAACGACUGUCGCGGCCGGUCCACGCCAAGCUCGCGGCACGGAGUUCGGAUUCCAAGAUCACAGCACUGCGAUUGCCCAACGGAGAGCUGACACAUGACAUUGACGUCGCGCUUGACCACACACAGGCGCACUUUCAGCGCCUCUACGAUCUCGAGCCGCGCGAUCGGGACCACGUCGAGCGACUUAGGGACGAUUUCUUGGCGCCGAUCAGGUCGGCGCGCACUUGCGAUGACCCGAGCUCGGACCCGCUCUUUCUGCGACGACUCUCGGAAGCGCACAUCGAGCUGCUGCAGCAACCCAUCACCGAGGACGAGGUCGUAGCCGCAAUCGCAACAACACACCCCGGUCGAUCGCCGGGUCCAUCUGGCGUGCCCUACGAGCUCUAUCACACAGCGCCGCGGGCGUGGGCCAAGGCGCUGAGCAGGGCCUUCAACGCGAUGACCGAGCGCGGCUCGCUUUCACCGAAGCAGGGGCAAGGACUCGCUCGCCUGCUCUUCAAGCACCACAAGAUCGGGGCCGAUCGCGCCGAGCUCUCGUCGUACCGGCCCAUCACCUUGCGCGAGUGCGACUACAAGCUCUUCACCAAGGUCUACGUUGCGCGACUCAACCACGUGCUGCCGGACCUGCUCCCACCGCAACAGCACGGCUUCGUCAAGGGCCGCCGAUCGGCGGACGCGUCAUCCACCUGCGACUCUUGAUCGAGGAGCUGGGCGCGCGCGGCACCGAGUUCCCUGACGCGGCGCUCUUGUCUCUUGACCAAUCGUCGGCUUACGACCUCGUCGAGCACGAAUGGAUCUUCGCCAUCUUCGACGCUCUCGGCGCUCCUGCCGCCUUCCAACGCGUUCUGAGGAUGCUCUACUCGGGUGACUCAACCACGGCGCGAUAUAUCAUCAACGGCUUCUUGACUCCGCCGGUGCGGCUGACGUGUGGGCUCGGCCAAGGGGACCCGGCGUCGUCGUCGGUCUGGGAUGUCGUGUUCCAGCCGUUCCUGGAUGCUCUGCACCGUCGAGGCAUCGCGCUGAACCUCUCGCUUCCUACCAUUCACCCCUACCCACAGAGCCGCGCCAUUACAUCCCUUGCGUUUGCCGAUGACGUCGUCGUCGCCGUCGCGGGCUCGGAGUCACUCAACUUGCUCGACGACCUGGCGCUCGACUGGAGGCUCGCAACCAAUGGCCGGCUCAACACCGACAAGACCGUCGUACUACCCAUCGGGUGUCGCUGGGAGGCUGGCGAUCGUCCGCUCGUCGUCAAGGCCGAGGGCGAGUCGCUCGAGUGGAUCGGCCUAUCUUUCGACCCCACCGGCAACACCGAACUCGCCAACGUGAAUCUCGUCGCACGGCUCGAAGCGGUGCUCGAUUCGGCACGGGACCGAGGGCUCACACACCACACCCGAGCGUUCUACGUCAACCGAUACGCCAUUCCAAGAUUCUGCACAUCCUCUCCGCCGAAUCCCACCGCUCGAGGUCGUCAAGGAGCUUGAUCGCAUUCUCGCCGACUUUGUCCGCGGCGGCAAGAGGAGGUCGUGCUAUGGCAAGGACGUCGUCUUCACACCGAGGUUCAAGGGGGGUCUUGGGGUCAUGCGGAUGCAGGACGUCGUCGACUCGGUUGCGGCACGCGUCUGGACGUGCUUCUUGGCGGUUCGGAUGCGAUCUGGCAGGGACUUGCGCGCGCGGCGAUUGUACGAGCCCAUCCCGCCCCCGACUUUGACUUGGCAACCGAUGCGUGGCCUUGCGACUACACUCCGAUCCGAACCGAUCUACACCAAGAUGGCAGGCCGUGCUGAAGGUACAUCGACGCACAAUGCGCAAGUCAAGCCGAGGACGUUGACGCUCGCGAACCUUCUCGCUCUUCCGAUCAAGUUGCACACCCUUCACUACCUACCGGGAGCACCACUGUGUCGCGACCACCCUACGACGCCGACUAUGCUGCGUUUGCCAUUUACGCCAAGGUAGCGGACCUGUUUCGACGCGAGCUGUACCCGGCGGGGGCUUUCAUCUCUGGACGCCGCCGACGGAUGUGGUCGUCAGCAACAGCGAAUACGAUCAACGGGGCCGCCCACAACGAGAGCCACAUCGUGGCAUGGUACCGACAUGCGAUCAAUCGAUUGAGGUUCACACCAAUAGCUCAACCGGUGGCGGCAGUACGAUCAACGGGCCUCCCCGAGUCCGCCCACCACGCCGCUCGAGUCGAUCCUGCCCCAUCCGAUCGACCCGCCGCAGCGCCUUCCGAGACCGGCUCUCCCAGACCAAUCAACACAAUACAACUUGCUCAGCAUGGAUCGGCCAUACACCAUCCGUCGCGUCCGCCGAGUCUUGAAUGCAAAGGCCUUCACCGACACGAUCGGUUUCAGGGACUCGCUGCAGCCCGACGAUCUCAAGGGAUUCUGGAAGGGGGUCAACUCGAAGGCAUUGACGGCGAGGGAACGCGAGGUGUGGUUCAAGCUCGUCAGGAACUUCACCCCGACUCGGAGUCUGCAGUUUCAUCAAAAGCACGACGACUCGCCCGCGUGCCUCGUCUGUGGAGCGCCCAAGGACGAUCGGGAGCACUACUUCUCGACUGCGUUGACUCUAGGAACGUUUGGAUCGCGGCAAGGGGCGUGCUCUGCGACGCACUGGGGCUCGACACGAUCGACAACACGCAUUACACGGCCGUUCAACGCAUUGUUCGGACUUCCGAAGCUCAAGGCCAGUCUGCGCGAUCAGAAGGAGCGGGGAGGACGAUCGAAAUAUUCACCGGGCUGGUCUUGGAGAUGAUCAGCAGCGGGAGGUGGGGGAUGCAGAAGUGGGGGACGAGGAUGGAGGGUGUUGGGAGGAGGAGGAUAAUCUUGGAGGAGAGGUUGAAGCUGAGGGCGGGAGGAGCUUGGGGAGGAGAAGGCAGUAGAGGCUGGGUUCGACUUUCCCCCCACCACCACACACACACCAAAUUCUCGUGACAUCAUUUUCUCCUACUGUACACUAAAUAGCUCGCUUUCCUCUUUCUUUGUUACAGGUUCACCGUUGCGGAUCAUGGACCAUCUCGCGAUUUGGCGUCGACUCGGUGUGGCUCGCGCUCUUCGGCUUCGGGGUUCUGAGUCAAGGGAGGAUCAGCGGACACAGCAGAAAGUCGGCUUUGAGGGCCAGGGACUGCCGAGGGGAGGUUUUGAGGGACCUUCACCGCGUCUUGUUGUGACUGAGCAGAGACUUGGAGCGUCGAGGUCGUGGUGGUUGCGCAGUCGUGCUCUUGUCUUCGUCUCGACCGAGUGGGAAGUGGCUGUGGGGUGGGCCUUCUGUCGUUAGUACAUUUCUUUUUUUCUUUCUCUUUCUCUUUCUCUUCAUCUCUCUUUCUCUCUCUCAUUCGUCUCCUGGGGGGGAGCAACCGCUUGGCUAGGGCAUUUGAAUCCGAAUCUCGGAUUGGUGGACUUGGCUCGUUUCUCGCACUUUUGCGGGCGGUUUGUGUUAUCAUCGUAGUCUUCCAUCUAGUUUUUCCGUAGGCCGAAACAGGGGGAACAGGAAUUGGGGGCAAUAUGAUGAACGAAAUGGAAAAAAAGCACUUCACUUCACUUCACUUCACUUCACUUCACUUCACUUCACAAUCGCCCUACUGCAGCCUUCGAUACUCGAGUUAACAAGUGAUACACCGACAAGAUGUCUACCGGAGACCCUGGGUCCCCACUGCCGGCACCGCCACCACCGGUAUCCGCCACCAGCGUCCAGCCCCCCGCGACCGGAUCCCGAUAAGCUCGAAGAAGACGCAAGUCACGGGCCCCGCCACCGCCGCACCCAACUAUGCUGCCGCUGCGAGUCAGAUGGCGGCUCAAACACCUGAACAACAGCAACAACAACAACAGCGUGCCAAGGCUCUGGGCAGCCUCCUACAAGCCAUGGGUGCUGUACCCGGAAACCGCAUGGAUCGCUGGGUCCAGGCCAUCUACUUCGCCGAACUCUACCCCGUCGCCACCGCCACAUCGCUGAAAUUUUCGGCCUUGAACGCGAACCGGUCCGUCCGAGAACAUCUUCGAUUACGCCCUUGAAGUGACUCUGUCUCACCAGAGCGCCUCGCGAGCGACUCAUGCCGACAAGAUCGAUCUCGUGGCCUGCGUCACGAGGCUGCUAUCGCCCAUCUCUCCCUAUCUGCUUUGAGCCUGGAUUCCUCUGCCGGACCAUCUUGCGGCUUAUCAACCACAGAUCUAGGCGUACAACAUUCAUCAAUCCUGCGUAAUGGGGCGGCUCACCAUCGCGUUACGGUUGGGUUCGUCACCGGCGAGGCACGUGACGCGGCGCUCACGACGCCCCCCGCUCUCACUUGGCGAUCGGCGAAGGCCCGCUUCGCGAAGUCUCACAGGUUCCACCAUAACAUGGUCGAGCUUCGAAUCAACGUCGGUGUUCAAGGAGUGCCCUCCAUGGAUGCCAUCAUCAAAUCGUUCCAAUCACUUGUCAAGACCUGUCAGCCAAGGGACAUUCAUGCAACUUUGCAGGUUCUGCGCGUUAUCAGCGUGGACAACGCCUCGGCCUUCGCCCACGUUGCCGGAGACUACUCGGCUUUCCUACACUUCGAUGACGACUCCCUAUUCCAACGCCCCAACACGACCUUGAAGGAGAUUCUACCUUCGAGGAUCGACCUUCCCACUCGAGGCAUCCCGGUUACCGCCCUUCGCCAUGACUAUGAGAAGGAGGCGGCUUGCGGUAGGUGCCACUUUGUGGUCACGUGGAACCUGCGGACUGGAUCAGGAGAGGAAGCGGAAGGAGGCUCACAACGGCAUCAUCAACAGCAACAAAAACACCAUCACCCACAACACCAACAUCGCGGAGGCCGAGGCCCCCAUUCCUGUGCUGGUUGUUAACAGGAUCGCAUCACAGAAUCACUUCGCCGGGCUCGAGGUCGAGGAGGGACAGGAGGAAGAGGUAACUGGCCAGGGCGAACAGGGACCGGAGGAAUCGGGGAGGAAGACGCUGGUGAUAAGGCGGAUGACGAGGACUCGGAGGACUCGGAGAUGGAAUCGGAGGCGGCCGCGAAAACGGAGGUCAUCAAAAUUGAAAGCGAGGACGAGUCGGUCUUGGAGGACUGCAGCGGAUCCGAUGGAGAGGUGAUUGAUGAGAAUGAGGUGAUGGCGGAUGAAAGAGGUGAAACGGAAGGAGAGGUGGCUACGGAGAUGGAGGAAGAGGAGGUGGCGACGGAGGUGGGCGAUGUGGACGAAGCGAGGGGAUCGACGAAAGCGGAGAAUGCGGAAGCGACGGACUUAGGGGAAACGAACAGGCUGGACAAUGACGACGACAGCGACGCCACAGCAACCGCCGCCACCGCUUCCCGCGAAUCGACGCCGCAUGAACCAACCCCACCUCUGUCACCCGAAACUCUCGCCAAGUCGCUACGCGAGGGGAGGAGUGGGACAGGAUCAGAGCUAACUGGGUUGAGCAGGCACGACUUGAGCGGGACCAAAGCAUCGAGAGGAGGCUCAACGCUGAAACCCCUCUGGUGCGUCACAACUUUGCCACGUGGGACGAGGACGGUGAGAUACGCUCCAUCAACAUCAGGGGGACCGCUGCGAAGUUCAAGAAGCAGGUGAUGAAGAGGUCGCAGACUGCGGCGGACCUCAGUGACCCAAGUGACGAACCGACCGACGCCAAGCGAGUCAUCAUCAAAGGGAAGAGCCGCGUCGUGGUGAAGGAUGGAAUAGAGGGGCGGAGGGUGACGAGGUCGAUGUCGGCGGCAGCGGCGAUGCAGGUCGAGGUGACGAAGGUGGACAGAGGGAAAGGAAGAGGGGUAGCUGAGGAAAAACGAUGGUCCGACCACGAGCCCGAGGACGAUGUCCUGCCCGCCCUUCCCCUCUUUGAGGACGUCACCACCGCCAAGAGCGCCUCGACCUCGACUACCCAUUAAUGAUCAAGCACACCAUCAUCACCUGGAACGUAAGAAGGGGCAUGGGGGUCCCGGAAAAACGACGUAAUAUCUACACCUACCUUUCCACAUUCAAAGCUUCCGCGAUUCUCUUACAAGAGCAUUUCAUCAGACCACAAUUCUGGCAGCUCAUCAAGGACGAGUACGAGGGCAAGCUCUUCAUCAACCAGCACUGCCUGACCCUGAUCCCGGCCGACUCGCCCCUGAUCGACGCCGAGCUCUUGCGCACCCACUCGGCACUCGACGGCCGGCUCCUCGUCACCUCCUUUCGUCUUGACAUCAAAAUUCUAGAAAUCAAUAACCUCUACGCGCCCGUUGACCCAAAACAACGAGCAAAAUUCUUCGACAAACUGAUCCUCCACAAAACACAGAAAUCCCACCUCCGACUCCUUGGCGGCGAUCUCAACGACUGCCCGCGCCCAGAAGUCGAUCGGCGGAACCAAAGUCGGCGCGGCCACCACUGGCCGAUUCUGAUGGGCAAGCUCGACUCGGCCUACACGGACUGCAUCCGCUACAAGCACCCCAUCACCCCAUCUUUCACUCGACCUAAUCCCAAUCGCAAGCGACCCAACUCCUUCUCCCGGCUUGACUACUUUCUCCUACAAAGAGCUCACCAAAAAAGGCUCGACCAGGCCUCGACGAUCUACGACUAUCCCAAGGAUCUUUCCGAUCACCGACCGGUCUUGAUCGUACUGGCUCUCUCAGACGAUCUUGAUGCGGCUCUCCCACAGCUCAGCCUACCUACCACAUCCAACCAACUACAUCGAAUCAAUACCACAACCUUCAAGACGGUGGAAUUUCAGCGGAUGAUGGAAGGAUGGUUGGAAGGGGCAAGCGGGGAGGAUCCGGUGCGAGAGCUUGAGGAGGUUCUGGAGGCGUGCAGGGACAGGGGUGGGGAGAUGGCGAGGAGGCUGCAUCGGGAGCGGACGGAACGGAUGGAGUAUUUGGUGGGGAGGGUGCAGGAUCUGGAGGCGUUACCGGUAUGGGGGGAGGCGGAAACGGCAGAAUGGACAAGGACGUCCGAGGAACUCAAGCGGGCGGUCGAGGAGCGCGCGCGCCUACUCCGGAUCCGAGCCCACGUCCCCGAGAUCGCUUCCGAGGAACGACUGUCGCGGCCGGUCCACGCCAAGCUCGCGGCGCGGAACUCGGACUCCAAGAUCACAGCACUGCGCUUGGGCAACGGAGAGCUAACGCAUGACAUUGAUGUCGCUCUUGACCACACGCAGGCGCAUUUCCAGCGCCUCUACCACAUCGAGCCUCGUGAUCCGGAACGCGUCGACCGACUUCGGGACGAACUCCUCGUGCCGAUCAGGGCGGCACGGACUUGCGACGACCCGCGCUCAGAUCCGCUCUUUCUGCGCCGACUCUCGGAAGCGCAGAUUGAUCUCCUCCAGCAACCCAUCACCGAGGACGAGGUCGUGGCCGCGAUCGGGACGACGCACCCGGGGCGAUCGCCGGGCCCGUCGGGCGUGCCUUACGAACUCUAUCAGACCGCACCGGAGGCGUGGUCCAAGGUGCUGACCAAGGCCUACAACGCGAUGAUCGAGCGCGGUUCACUCUCUCCCAAGCAGGGCCAGGGACUCGUGCGCCUCAUCUUCAAGCGCCACAAGAAGAAUGCCGAUCGCGCCGAACUCUCGUCGUAUCGCCCCAUCACCCUGCGCGAGUGCGAUUACAAGAUUUUUACCAAGGUCUACGUCGCCCGAUUGAACCAAAUUCUGCCCGAUCUCCUCCCGCCGCAGCAGCACGGCUUCGUCAAGGACCGCCGAUCGGCCGACGCUGCACUACACCUUCGUCUCCUGAUCGAGGAACUUGGCGCGCGCAGGACCGAGUUCCCCGCGGCCGCGCUCUUGUCUCUUGACCAAUCAUCCGCCUACGACCUCGUCGAGCAUGACUGGAUCUUUGCCAUCUUCGACGCUCUGGGCGCUCCUACCACCUUUCUUCGCGUGCUGAGGAUGCUCUACUCGGGUGACUCGACCUCGGCGCGCUACAUCAUCAAUGGGUUCCUGACGGCGCCGGUGCGACUGACGUGUGGGCUCGGCCAAGGGACCCGGCGUCAUCGUCGGUCUGGGACAUCGUGUUUCAGCCGUUCCUGGAUGCUCUACACCGUCGAAACAUCGCGCUGAAUCUCUCCAUACCUGCACUUCAUCCGUACCCACAGAGCCGCGCCAUUACAUCACUUGCAUUUGCCGAUGACGUUGUCGUCGCCGUCGCGGGCUUGGAGUCACUCAACUUGCUCGAUGACCUGGCGCUCGACUGGAGGCAUGCAACGAAUGGCCGGCUCAACACGGACAAGACGGUCGUCCUACCGAUUGGACGUCGCUGGGACCCUGGGGAACGGCCAAUCGUCGUCAAGGCCGCAGGCGAGUCGCUCGAGUGGAUCGGCCUCCCUUCGACCCCAGCGGCGACACCGAACUCGCCUACGCGAAUCUCAUCGAACGGCUCGAGCGACGCUGGAAGCGGUUCAGCAUCGCUGGCUCACGCACCACACCCGUGCCUUUUACGUCAAUCGGUACGCCAUUCCCAAGAUCCUGCAUUUCCUUGCAGCCGACAUCCCGCCGCCCGAAGUCGUCAAGAAGCUCGAUGACAUGCUCGUCGAUUUCGUCCGUGGGGGCAAGGGCAGGACCAGCUACGGCAGAGACAUUGUGUUCACGAGACAUUGUGUUCACCGCCAAGAACAAGGGGGACUCGGGGUGAUAAGGAUGCGGGACGUUGUGGACGCGGUUGCGGCACGGCUCUGGGACGUUCUUCUCGGCGGUUCCGGCGCGAUUUGGCAAGGACUUGCGCGCGCAGCACUCCAGCGAGCUCAGCCCGACCUCGACCUGGCCACCGAUCUCUGGCCACAUCCAUCCACUCCCAUCCCCAACGACCUUCAUCCCCGAUGGCACGCCGCACUGGGCGUUCCGAAACUUCACGACGCGCAGGUCAACCCGAGGGCCUUGACCACCGCGAACCUGCUCGCGCUGCCCACCCUGCUCGGCAGCCUCACACCCCCAUCAGAGGGAGACAGACCAUCGACGCGGUUCAUGUACCUGACUACCUUCGUCUCCAGGGCUACCCGAAGGUGGCGGAUCUCUAUCGGCGCGAGUUGUAUGCGGGUGGGGGGUUUCACCUCUGGACGCCGCCGGCGGAUGUGCUCGGCGACAACAGCGAGUACGAUCGACGCGGGCUCCCGCAGCGACUGGCAAUCGCGGCCUGGUACCGGUUCACUGUCGAUCGACACAAGAACACCCCCUUGGCGGCGGCGGUGGCGGGCGGGACGACUCAACUGCCUCCCCGGAUCGGCACCAGCGCACCACUCGAGGCGAUCAUCCCCAAGCCCGUGGCCCGCUUCGCAAUGGAGCAGCGCCUUCCGGACCCGGUGCUUCCACAACAGGCGAGCCAGUAUACGCUGCUGAACAUGGCUCGCCCCUACACAGUCCGUCGCAUCCGCCGGGUCCUGAACGCGAAGGCAUUUACCAACAUGCUCGGGCUCAAGGGACCACCGCAGCCGGACGACCUCAGGAGCUUCUGGAAGGCAGUCAACUCGAAGGCACUGACAGCGAGGGAGAGGGAAGUUUGGUUCAAGCUGAUCCUCCGCUUCACCCGACGCGCAAGCUCCAGCACGAGCAAAAGCAUGACACUUCUCCCGCGUGCCUCGUGUGCGAAGCGCCGGUGGACGACACCGAUCACUACUUCUUCGGCUGCGUCGACUCGCGGAACGUCUGGACCGCGGCAAGGGGCGUGCUCUGCGACGCGCUCGGAUGCGACACGAUCGAGGACGCCGAGUACACGACACUACAACGACUCUUUGGCCUCCCCAAGCUCAAGGCCAAGCUCAGCGAACAGGAAGGCGCAGGCAGGACGAUCGAGAUCUUCACGGGAUGGUCUUGGAGAUGA